ACUUACUGAGGUAUCUGGUUCUUUUCCUGUACCCUUCAAGUACAUCAGUAAGUUAUAGGUAUGGCAUAUCUACCUUAAUUACCGACGUGCAUGUAAGAUGAUAAUUUCAAAUCGAUAAUAUUCAAUUUUUAAGAAUUGUGUACUUUACAUACCUAUUACCUACCUACCUUUCUACUGCAGGUAUUAUCACCAUCGCGCUGGGUAAAAACAAACUAAUAAAAAUUUAAAAUUUUCCAACCAAUUAUCAAACUAACCAGGUAUUUAGUUGCAUGAAAGCGAUUUGAAUGUACACGUGCAUAAAAUGUACCCAUCCAAAUGGAGAAUUCGCGCAAAAAUACGAAUUUUCAUUUCGAAUCGGAAAAAGGUUUUGCUUUUAUCUUCGUUGCUCUUAGCUGUGCUAAUUUUGCUCUCUUUCAACUUGAUGACUUCUCUGUAUGAUCCGAUAAAAUUUACAUCGAAUACGUCGUGCGUCGCUGUUAAUAAUGCAAACGAGCCAUUGGUCUACACGUGUUGUACCCCAUUAAACAAUAAUUCAUUGCGUACAAACGUAUACUUUUUCAAAACCCACAAAACAGGAAGCACAACGGUUGAAAACGUCAUUCUACGAUUCGCUUUGGAGAAUUCGCUCGAUGUAUUGAACGUUAUUUACCACACUUACUACUUGCCGUUUUCCGAUUGGUCCAUAUAUUCGCAUACAAAGACGCCUAACAACAAGUAUCAUAUCAUGGCACAUCACGUACGGUAUAAUUCAAUUAUAAAAUCGUAUCAGUAUCCUGAUACUAGUACGGUGACUAUAUUACGACACCCUGUGACGCAUUUCACCUCCAUGUUCAGAUAUUUCAGAAUGUACGAUACAUCAGGGAUGAGCCUAGAACAAUUUUUAAACGCUCCGAAGAAACCGCCAAUCUUGUUAGGAAUGGGCAGUAAUUUCGUAUAUAGCGGAUACAAUCAAAUGGGCGUCGAUUUGGGCUUCGAUCUGACUCAAAGUCGCAAUAAAUCAGCUAUCGCCGAAUUCAUCGAUAAAAUUGAUCGAGAGUUCGAUUUCGUAAUGAUCAUGGAGUAUAUGGAAGCGUCGAUGGUUUUAUUAGCUAAUUUAAUGGGAUGGCCGUUGGAAAACGUGGCUUAUUUGAAAUUAAACGCUCAGCCGCCCGACCCUGACGAGUAUAAACUGACGUCACGAGAUGAAUUCACAAUCAUGGAUCUGAACGAAGUGGAUACCAUGUUGUAUCAUCAUUUUAGAGAUAAAUUUCGCAAAUGUGUGCGACAAUUUGGAGAAGAAAGGAUGAAUGGUGAAAUUCAACGGUUGAGGAAUAUUAAUGAACAGUUGAAGCGGAGAUGUGUGACCGAUGAUGAGAAAAUUUACUCGUGGGAUGGCUGGAUACAAAUAUCGGAUUACGUUCCUAAAAACCGAUCGGAUCAAUCUUGCGUUUAUGCAACUUUACUCAUGUAUGAACUUCAAGAUAUCGUUGUGAAAACACAGUCUGAGAGACUUCAGCGUCUAAAGUGGCGAUAAAGUUGCUGUUCACAUUGCAGCUAUCAUCUACAAGUAUUUCGAUGUCAAUGCAAACACUGAAGACAGUGGUGAAGAUGAGGAUGAAAAUGUGGACGAGGCAACUGACAGUGACAGUGACAGUGAUAAUGACUUACCUAUAUCAUAGUUUUCCUCCAGAUAAUUAAUGUUAUAAUGUGAUUACCUAUUUUAUAUCCAAUACAUAUAUAUUUUGAUAAUUUUUUUGAAUUCAGUGUUACAGGGCUUUGGUGGUAGCGCUAUAAUAAAAUAUAUUUUUCGCAAAAAACCUCAAUUUCAAGGCAAUCUACCCCCCUUAAUGGGGGACUUGAAAGGGUUCAACUGUAAAUCCGACUUCAUAUUUGUGUUCGGGGGGGGGGGGUUGAUUCAUAUGAAAACGACACCCAUAUUCUCAACCUUUUUUGGACCUGUAAUUGUGUAGGGAGGUGCCCAUGGCCCCAAAAUGAGCUUUUCCAGGAAUCAUUGCAUUUUCUGCAGUUUUUUAACAUUCACGUGAAACAUUUCAGAACUUCAUCAAGAGGCAUUUUUUUGGACAGUACUAUGACACAAAAAAUACAUUUUGAAGAGUUCUUCAAUUACCUACUGUUAACCUUGUUCCAGAAACUGGCUGAGCUUUUUGGUGCUCAACGAAAUCGCACCACAGCCUACCAUCCACAGUCGAAUGGCCACAUUGAAAGAUGGUACCAAGCUCUGAAAGCAGCAAUCAUGGCUCAUCAAAAACCUAAGUGGUUCAAUUCAUUAUCUAUGAUCUUCCUUGGAUUACAAUCAGCACUCUGCAGCGACCAAGGAGUGUCCGCAGCUCAGCUCACAUUUGGCACAGAGCUCCAAUUGCCAGGGGAUGAGCCAGAAGUUGUUUGUGGUAUUCUAUAGGCGAUUCGUAGCAUGAGGGAGACAAUGUGAACAUGCAAACAAGGCGCAAUCUAUGUACCAGACGCUCUCACAGACUGCUCUCAUGUUUUCCAGUUGAGACGCAGAGUUGAGCACUACAGCAGCCCUAAACUGGACCUCAUAAAGCAAUUUGUUGUACAGACAAGACUCCUGAGGUUGAGGCUGAUGGACUUACAAUAGUUGUUUUGCUAGAUCACCUGAAACCAGCCUACCUGCUUCUGGAUGAGCCAAACAAAGUUCCAGAGUCAAAAAUCAUUCCAGAGCCUCAGUCUGAACCUCCAAAGAUCAUACCAAAGCGGAAGGUCAGAUUCCAAGGGAGCUACUUGAAAUAGUAUCCUUUUCUUCUUUUUUAAUCCCUUGUUUUUCAAAAUAUUACCGUCAGGCGGGGUCGCUUUGAUUUCGCAAGGUGACUUUGAUAGCGCUUAUUUUUCUGCUUGUUUUGAUUUGUGGAGCAAGUAAAACGUCGAAUUACAUUUUUUUUUCGAGUGAAGUGAUUACACUGAUGGUGAAUUGAUACGAUAACAGUGUUGAGUUGGUAAAUAAUUAUUUUCAUCCCUGCUUUUAAUCGAGUUUUUUAAAAGUGGUUAUUUUUCAAGAUUUUUCAUCACUCAACAAAAGUUGAUGUUAUAGUAUUUUCAGAUAUGUAAUAGAACAUUGGCUGAUAGUCUAUCGUAAAGCUACACUCCUUGGGAAAUAUCUUCAAAAAUUUUGAGUUUCUAGGUUGAGCUGCCUCUGAUCCUUGGCCCAUUGUUCUCAGUGGGGAUGUUAUCAAUUUUUCAUUUUUGAGGCUAAAAAUUUAAGUUUUGGGACUAAAGUGAAAAUCAGUGCCAUUUUCGGAUUCAGUGUGAAAUUUCAUCCCAUUUUGAUAGGUCGGAAAGGUAUUUUAUUGAAUAUCUAAAAAUUUUGUUAAAAAACUGAAUUUUUAAAAAAAUUGAGGAAAUACAGGGGCUUUUAUCGCUUUUUCGAUAAUAUAAUGAUUUCCUCUCGGCCAAAAUUGAUAAAAUUUUGUAUGGUAGGUCUAAAGGUGAUGAGAAAUCAUUUUUUGAAAAAAAAAGUACCCCUAUCAAAGUGGCCCCAUCUUGUGGGUGACUUUGAUACGGCCUUUGAGGGCAAUUUUGAGGCACAAAAAAAACAAAAAGGUCAUUUGGUGCGUUUUGACGUACUUUACACACUGAGUGGUGCAAUUUUUUCGAAAACAUCUUUCUAUGCCGUACAGAACAGAAAACAUUUUUUUUUUAUCAAAGCGACCCCGCCUGACGGUAUGUAUAGUAAUAAUUUUAUCGUUUUUAUUUUUUAUUUUAUGUAUUUUUUUUGUGAAAUUCUAGUCAUUACUCGUUUGUUUUUUUUUACCUUUUUUCAAAUUUUGUAAUGAGUUUUUGCUUAUGUAUCAUGUGUAUGUUCUUAUGUUUUUUUUUUGUAUUUGUAUUGCGGUUUUCCGGCUAAGGGGGGAGUACUGUGGUGUGACUUGGCAGGCAACUGCCAACGGGAGCCCUGCAAUUGCGCCAAACUGCUAAACUCGUGUACCCGGAAUUACGCCGGGUGCUCAAAAAAGUAUACUGGCAGUUGCGCCGAGUUGAGAAAAUGCGAAACGAACAAGAUAUGAAUGAAUCGUUCACGUUCAGUCGCAUAAGUUAUUUAUUCAUCCACUCCAGAAUCUUCCACCUCCUAUAAUGUCGCAAAAAAUAAGGUCUAACAGACAGGAACAAAAUUAGAGGUUGUUCGUGAGGGUGUGGGGGACGGGGGACUGUGACUGAACAUUUGCCGAUCGGUAUGAGGACAAAAAUACCAAUUUUGCCGAAUAAAAUGACGAAUUUUUAAAAUAAAAUAGAUGAAAUGAUAAUUUUACCAAAUUGAUAAAAAUUGUCAUGUUCCUUUUUGAAUUUAUGGAAGUUUCAAAUAUGAAAUUUUUUAGUUUGGGAAAGAAAGAGGGGAAUUGGUCCGAGCGAAACGAGGUCAAAAGUGUUCAAAAAUUCGUAUUUCAAGAAGUGAAAAACAAUGUGUUUUUUUAAAAACUUAUUUAUUUUUUUUGCUCAAAAAUUUUAAAAUUUGAAUGUUGAGUUUUUGAACAUUUAUUUUGAAAAUGAAAAGCAUACAGCCCUGAGCGAAGCGAGGAUAAAAACUUGUUUCGAGAAGUACAAAACGAUGUUUUCAGGUGAAAAGUGUAAUUUUGUUUGCUUUGAACAUUUUUUAAAAUUUUUAUAAUAAACUUUUUUUUUCAAGUUCAAUUUGAUAACUUCAUCAAAAUGAUUACGAUUCUAACUGUACGCAGUGUAAGAAAAGGGUCGGGAAGAUUCGUUCUUUUGAUCGGCGCAAUUCCCCAUGAACACAUUUUUCUAAGUGGCACAAUUGCAGGUAUGCUCAUUUUUUGUGCUCGGCGCAAUUCAGGGUAUAUUUGGCGCAAUUGCAUGGCAGCCCUGCCAACCUCUCAAGUCAACGGGCAGGCAACUGCCAGCUGCCAAGUGCAUCUGCUUGCGCAGCAAACUAGUUAGAGGUGUAAAAGAAGCUCAAUUUUGAAAAUGGUGGAAAUUUAGGAGAGGGUUGAGUGAGUGUAGCAGAGCGGUAUCGAAUCAUAAGAAAACGACACCAAAUUCAUCAAAGUAACUUUAUUUCAAAAAUAAAUGGAAAUUCAGGAGGGGGCUGAGGGCUCUGGAGGGGCUGUGUGAGUGUAGGAGAAAAUUUGACGCCAUAUUCGUGCUCAGCGGUAUCGAAUAAUAAGACAAUGACACCAACAUCAUCAAAGUAACUUCAUUUCCAAAAUAGUAAAAAUUAUUUGUGCCAGCGGUAUCGAAUCAUGAGAAAACGACACCCUACUCAUUAAUAGUCAUUUUCCCCAAAAUUCCCAUUUCACCCCCCCCCCCCGGCAAACAUUUUCCCAGCUUUUUAUAUGGCGCACCACCGCAAAAAUUUCGAAAAAGGUAUGGGGUCAAAAAUACGUCCAAAAAAGGUGUUUCUACAAUGUACCUCGCAAUCUUCAUUGUUAAACAUCAUAAAAUAAGUUAAAAAACCGAAAAUGUAAUUUUUGACGGGUAAAUAUGGGAUGAGGGGGUUGAAAAUUUUUGUGGGGAUACCUCCUGAGGAUGCACAUAUACAACAUACUAUAAAAUUUUAAAAAUCAGUUCCUAUGAGGACAAGCGAUUCUACAAGCGUUAAAAAACAUUGACUUAAUGCGUUUUGGGAAAUCAAGCGCAUUUCAACAUUUUCACAAAAAGCUGGAAAGAACAUGGAUAAAAUAGGUAUUUUAGGUAGGUAUGUGUCUCAGAUGAGGUGUCAUGACGUCACUAACCAAAUGGCGCGAAAAAAUCAAUUUCGAAAAAAACUGACUUGAUGCGUUUUGGAAAACCACGCUUCAAAUAACCUAUUUUUUGCUAAAAUUCCCAAAACUUUAUGUUUUUUCCCGGAAGAAUUUUCAUUUUUCAAAAUUUUUUUCUAUGAAUAUGGGAAAUAUUUUGACUCUAAAAAAUUCUGUCUCUAAACAUCCAGCUCUCGUGAUCACUUUUUGUGUUUUUUGAUAGAUUUGAAAAUCUUCUCAACGAGGUCUUAUCUUCUAGCAUCAAUAUUCAACCUUUUUUUCAACUUGCGGCGAAUGGCUCGUUAAAAUUUUAAUCACUUGAUAUGAAUGUUUUAUAUUUUUAGUUUUCCAUGUGUAGACUGUAGAUACUCAUUGCAAGUUUUGUUUCAGAAUCAUGUGGAAUGAAUUUCAUUUUUCACUGGACUUAGGAGCAGAAUGAGUAUAUUUGUCAGAAGUAGACCUAAUGUUAUCCAAAUGACGAAUAAAUUACAUUAUUCUAUCCAAGUCGGAGUUCCAAGAGCAACAGACAAAUUCAAAUUCAAUAAUUCAAGGUGUACUUUCGAAAUACCUAGUCCAGUCGUAGUUGAACCGCUCGUUGAAGAGUGGAUGUUUUGCCUGAAUUUUCUGCAGAAUCAAAGUUUACGAGAAAUGAUUUAGUGAUGAUGAUGAAUGUUACUUUUGCAUCAAUAUUCUUCUAAGAGCAACUGAAAAUUCAAUGCGAGACCCAUUUUGCAACACCAACUGAAUCAGACUACAGCAUUCAAAAUGAAUCUUAUUCUGCAAUUCGGAUCAGUGAACUCGGAAACUUCACCGGUUUACUGCUCAACCUCACAAUUUCAACAUCAAACCAUGGAAUGUAGCUAUUCGAAGAAAUAUGUCAAAUAAAUUUCCUAAACGAUCUGUUCAAAGAGGAGUGUUUGCUGAAUUGUGUUGACUUUUGGAAUUUCACACCCUCAAGAACGUAGACUGUGAGUUUCAUGUAAGACUGCAGUUAAUCAAUUUUAUUGAAUAAUAGGUAUCAAUGGGAUUUUUGUAGUCGAGUGGAAGUGGUAGCGACGAGUGAAGUCGACUUUAAAAUGUUUUUAAAAUACCACUCAAUCGUUUUAAUUUCAAAGAGACACUCGUAAGAUUGAAACGAGGCCUCAGCCUGUGUUAUUUUUGUUUUACAAUGGAGUGAAAAUAAAUUCUGUAUUUUCAAUUUUGUGAAACCUGAAAUUAAUAUGUACCUACCUUUCGCAGUAUUUGUGAUUGACGAUUGAUUAGUCAACUAAUUAUAUGUAUGUAUGUACUUAAUCCGGCUGCAAAACACUUUCCAUGUAAAAAAACGUUGUAGAAAAAGUUUUAUAUCUACUACCAUUGAACAAAAUAAAAGUUCACUUCAAAAUAAUACAUAAAUAUGCAUGAUCA